AUGUUGCAGGAUAUCAGGUUGCCCGGAACAAUACCAGCGAAGGGGUCGGCACAAGAUGAGCGCCUCGCGCUUGCCGAACUCUUCGAGCAUCUUCGAGCCAUGCUGCCAGAACGGAGCUUCACGGAUCCCACCUCUAGCUCCGGAGGCACGAAGAGCGAGGAGGUCGCUCCACGCUCUUCGACCUCGAGCAUUCCCCCGGAACAGUCCUUCAAGGGGAAGAUGGACAUCAUCGUCGCUGGUGGUCCAGACUAUCAACGCUACAUCUUUGCCCUCCAUGCUCGAAUGUUGGGUGUUCAUGACGCCAUCGAGGUUGACAACAGGGUUGACUUCAAGACGGCUCUCAUGAAUUCCCAGAAGGAGGACCAACAUCGGCCUUGCGUCGUGUUCCUUGGGGAUGAGACGUGGCUCGAAAUCCUCAGGAGGACGGACCAGCAGGAGCGGCCACUCACGGUUGUGAACGUGAAUGUCGACCCUGGCAGGGAGGACGCCUACGACGCCCACAUUCUGUCAUCGGCCCCCCGAGCAGAUGUUGCAGACUUUCUCAACCUAGUUCUCGAGCAGUGGCCCGCUUCGACCACGACGAUCCUGGAGGCUGCCGUUUGCAGCCGGGCGUGCCUUGAUGCCAAGGCUAAGGUGGUGAAGAUGGGCGGUGCCGCAGAUGACCUCCUUGCUCGCAUUGAGCGCCUGGAGCGCAUCGUGGAGGAUCAUGGGAAGAGGCUGGAUGAUGUCGCACCAAGAGGGGCGCGACGCGACGCUCGUCGCGGGGAGACGACGCCGCCGGUGAACGCUCCCCGGGCUGGCGCCCACCGCGCGCCAGCAGCCGCCAACCGCCGCGCGGGCAGCCGCAGUCCCGAUGUCCCCCGCUCCGCCCCAAUGGUGGCGAAGUCGCCCCGUGCGCUGAGGGCCCCGGGUGUCUACGUUUGCGGCGGCCACGCUUCCGGAGUUACACUUGGGACAACUUCAAGGCUGAAUUCGGCGACGGGCAUUUGGGAGGCCAUGCCCCCGAUGCCCACACCUCGUCAUGGCUGCUCCGCUGCGUCCAUGAUUGGCGUCAUCUACGUCGUGGGCGGGGCCAACGAGAGCGCUUUGCCGUUGGACACAGUGGAGCGUUUCGAUCCUGCGGUCGGCAAUUGGGAGACACUCCCGCCCAUGCCUACACCCAGGCACGGCGCGGCAUCGGCAGCAGUGGCGGGCUUGCUGUACUGCGUGGGAGGCUACGAUGGCGAGGGCGUCCUGCCCGCUCUGGAGCGCUUUGACCCAGCCGCACGGAGUUGGGACCAGCUUCCGGCGAUGCCCCAUGCUCGCGGGCGAUGCGCUGCGGCUGCUUCCGAGGGCCGGCUCUUCGUGAUAGGCGGCACAGACGACAACUCACGCGAGCUCGACGCAGCGGAAUGCUUUGAUCCGAGCACGUGGACUUGGGAGGUCCUGCCGCCGCUGCCCACCCCGCGCUGCAGCUGCGCCGCGGUGGGUCUGGGCGGCGCGCUCUUCGUGGUCGGCGGCCGGCGGGAGGGAGAGAAGCUGGCCACGGUCGAGCGUUUCUCCCUCGCCCAGAGUCGCUGGGACUCCGUCCUGGCACUCCCUGGGCCACGGGACGCCUGCGCUGCCGCGGCGCUGGGCACGCGGCUCUACGUCUUCGGCGGCAGAGGUGUGGGCGUGGCUGGCAACCAGACCCUCGCCAGUGCGGAUGCCGCAGGCGACCUGCGGAUGUGCUGCCGCCGCGGCCGAGCGCUAAUGACUUAUGCCUUCUGGGAAGGAAAAAAAGUCGGGGCCACCGGGGUGGUUUUCCUUCACUACGAGGACGAAGGACUGGCCCCCAUUGCCUUGGGCGACCGGGUGGCACCGCCCAUCCGCGCGGUGGUCAUAGAGCGCAUGGCCGGAGUGGCCCUGGCCGAGCGCUUGAUGAGGUCCGAGGCCUUGCAAGCCGAGCUCUUGAAGGGCAAGCUGAUCUCAGAGGAGGCGUAUGAGGAGCAGUUCAUCUUCCGCAUCGACGAGUUUCUCGCUACGCGCAGGGGCAACUUCUUGUGGCACCGGCACCCUGAGAUGCUCCGGAGCAACGGCCAAGAGCCCCUCAGCGCGCGGCUGAUGCGGAGUGGGCUGGAGGUGCCCGCUGGCUGGUUCACGAAGCCACCCGGCUUCGUGCCUUUGUUCAACCCUUCUCUGUUGAGCUUGGAGGACGGUUCACUGUUGGCUGUGCUGCGCAUGUCGAAUGGGCCCGGAUGCCCCAGCGUUCGGGUGUCCCGGGAGUCCAGCAUGGACACGCGGAUCUUCCACAACGCGCUCAUCCUCGCGCAACUGGACUCCGACCUCUCAGUGCAGAGCCAUGUCGUCGUGGACGUGCCGGAACUGACGUGUCGCUUCACUCCCGACAUGGAGGUCAGCGGGCGCCUCUUUCUCGACGAGGUACAUGGCCCGAUGGACGCGCGCAUCGGCCAAGGCGUCGAUGGUGAGAUGUGGAUCUUCUUCUACGCCGAGCGAAACGGAGCCAACAAAGAGGCCCUGCGUGGCAUGCACGCGGCGCCGCUGCGCGUGAGCUGGCGAGACUGCGAAGGAGCAGGCUGGUCUCUCCAUGCAACCGGCGUCUUCUCAUCAGAUGACUGCGCCUGGAAAGGAUCCGGGAACGGCAGCUCUAUCCAGAGCUGCAGGGACUCCUGCGAUGCUGCACAGGGCUGCAACGCCGUCAGCUUCCGCCCAGGGGAUCCAGGAAGCAGCCCCGGGGGCCGCUGCGAGCUGCGGGGCUGCUUUGAAGGCUCGGCGGGCAGCAGGAGCCCUGCGGUCAUGCCAAUGCCCGCCUGGCAAGCCUGGUUGCGGAAGCCCCAGGAGCGGCACUGGCAGCGCUCGGCAACGUGUUCCGGCGGCUGGCAGGGUCUCGGUGACGCUACAAGCCUGGCUGGAUGCAAGCAGAGCUGCCAGGAGCUCGGGUCUUGCGACACCAUCCUUUUCUCGUCAGCCAUAGGUCUUUGCGCCCUACAGCGCUGUGGGGAGCCAGGCAAAGAAGUAUCCGAAGGUUGGGAAGCUUGGCGCAGGGUGGAAGUGCCGGCAGGCAGAAAGUGUUUGGAAAGCGCCCGGCUGCAGGAAGAUGAGCUGAUCGUCUUCCCCUCCAUGUCAGCCGUCGAGAAGAACUGGAACCUCAUCUACGGCGACCGUGACCGCCUGAUCAUCGAGUACUUCAUCGAGCCACACAUCGUGAUUGAAGCCAAGCUCACGCGGACUCCGGGUGAGCCAUCAGGGCUGCAGCUCGCUGGCCUGGAGGAUCGUUUCGUGUCGCGCUGGCCGUACGAGGUGAUUCAUGGCCUCACCAACGUACGAGGCGGCUUUUGCUGCCUUCCGUUGCCUUCCUCCAUGCGGGAGCUGGUCGCGUCGGAAGAUGUCUGGCCCCUGGAGGCCGUCGGGACACUCCCGAGUCUGCCUGAAGGAAGGCUGCUGCUGGGAGCCGGGCACCUGCAGCGCAUACGCCAGCCCUUCGACCAGGCCCCGGGGGACGUGUCCCGGUUCCGCCGACAAGCCAAGAGUCGCACCUACCACCAGUUCUUCUACCUGCUUAGGGACGCGGAGCCCUUCGACGUAGUCGCCGUGUCGCCGGAAUGGUGCAUCACCAUCAACGGGCACUUCAGCAGGCAUUGGGCGCAGGUCCUGCAACCAGGGGAGGAGGCGUGUGAGUCGAUUCAGUUCGUUUCCGGCCUCGCCUGGCGAGGCGAAGAGGUGGUGGUGGCCUAUGGAAUCAACGACUGCGAGUCGGACGUCCUGGUGCUCCCCGCAGCGAAGGUGCUCGGCAUGCUACGGCCGGUGAAGUCGGAUCUGAACGUCUCGCUGGACGACCUCGAGAUGAUUUGA